UGUUACCCUUGAGUAAAUAAAAUAGUAAAUAUUUACUCUUAAAAUUGCUACUGAAUCCCUUCUGGGUGUCUAAUGCAGACGACAGACUUCCAUUUCAUGCAAAGCGUUGGCCAUACCGGAGCGCUGAAGCGCCUCUCCCCCUCCCCUCCCCCUCAUCGAAAGUGAAAGUUCAUAAACAUCUGACCGCCAUGCCACGCUGAGGGAGGUGUGCCGGAGGGUGACUGGCUACUUCGCCAUUAAUUUUUAUUUUGACAUGCCGUUCACACAUUUUAAACGUUAAACCAGUGGCUUGGCAGCUAGCAGUGCAAUGGAUAACUCACUCUUAUUUAAAUACUUCUCCACCUUUGUCACCGCCGAAAGUGGGAUGAUCACCUGCGUGUUCUCUCAUUGCACCAUGCAGCCUUCCCAUCAAACGCAGAAAGUGGCGAGUUUGUAAUGCUGACCAUUCUCCAUCUCUCACUGAGGUAGGCCCGCUUUAGAGGGACAAGCUGCCUCGUCUUGAAUUUUUAUCUUGGCAUGCCGCCCACACAUUUCAAAGGUUAAACUAGUGACUAGGCAGCUAGGCAGCGCAAUGGAUGGCUUAGCCUCAAAUAUUUCACCACCUUCAUCACCUCUGAGAGUGGAAUUAUCUCCCACUUCGUCUCCUAGUCCCUCAAGGAGCCCUCCCAUCAAACGCAGAAAGUGGCAAGUGUUUGAUGCUGUUAAUUCUCGAACAAAAUCAACAGCUGCAAGAUGGGAAGCCAUUGGUGUUGAAAUGAUGGAGGAAGUGCCCAUUGAAGCAACUUCUCCGAAUCAUUUAGUGUUCUACGAGCAGUGCAAUGUUGACCAAGACAUCAGUGAAGAUCACUCCAGUGUUGACAGUGUUUCCGAGUUUGACAGCAGUACAUCACCUUCUGCGGAGUCUGAGGGAUCGUCCAAUGAAAGUGAGCUCUGCCCCUCUAGUUCCAAUUCAGAAUGUGAUGUUCCAGAAGAAGUGGAAUGUUCUCUUGAUUCCAGUGCAGAAUCGUGCCCUGCUUCAGACUCAGACUCUGACAAGGAAGAUUUUUUUGAACUGUAUUCUGGCUGUGAUUUUAGUGUUGAUGAAGCUGUUCUUGACAUCCUGACUGACAGCAUAAAGAAUCGUGAAACUCAAGAAAGCUUGAAAUGUCACUUUCAAACUCUUUUAAAAUACUUGCCCAAGCGUAAUAACAUGCCAAAAACUUAUUCACAACUAACAAACCAUGUAUUAAGGUUAGUGCCUGAUUAUUUUGAGAAACCUGUCCCAUAUUGUGGAGAGUGCUUGUUACUGUUAGAUUCUGAGAAUAGAUGCCCUGUUGCUAGUUGUGAAAGUGAAAAGGUUUCCAACUUCUAUAUGUUUUCUUUGAAGGACCAGAUUAGAUUUUUUUUCGAACAUGGUAAUCUGGCAUCUUUUUUAAAGCAGAGAGAGGCAUCAGAUGGGGUGAUACGGGAUAUUACUGAUGGAUCUCAGUACAUUAAAGUUAAAGUGAAAGGUGAAUUUAGCAUAACAUUAAUGAUUUAUACAGAUGGAGUAACAAUAAGGAAAAGUUCUAAAACCAAGUUUUGGCCCCUGAUGGUUGUAAUCUGUGAAGUUCCUCCACACAUACGACAUAGAUUUAUCAUAAUUUGUGGUAUAUGGUGUGACACAAGAGAUGCACCAAUGAACACCUUUUUGCAGCCAAUUGUUGAACUUGUUAAUGAAAUAGAUUCUGAAGGCGGUGUACUUUGGAAGCAUCCUGACUCAGGAGAGGAGUGUAGAUCUGUAGUUAGAGCACCUGUUAUUUGUGCUGAUGCCCCUGCAAGGGCCAAGAUUCAAAAUCUUAUAAGUCAUAAUGGAAAUUUUGGCUGUAACACAUGUGAACAAACUAUGGAAAAAAUACCUCUUACUCGACAGGAAUUGCGGCUGAAACGUAGGGGUGUCAAAGUUACCCGUAAGAGAGGUUUCAUGUUUAAAGAAAUACCAGCCACAUUGCGCACUGAUGAGAGAAUGAGGCGGCAAGCCAGGAUUGCUUUCAAUACUCAAAAACCAUGUCUUGGUGUGAAAGGCCCUACUAUUGUGUCAUGUCUCCCUGAUCUUGAUACUGCAAGAUGUGUUUUUAGCGAGUACAUGCAUGGAGUUUGUUUAGGUGUGGUCAAACGCUUUCUAAACCUGUGGUUAACUGUUCCUGGUCCUUGGAAUAUUUCCCAUUUUGUAAAUGAUAUGGACAAUUUUAUGCAGAGUACAGCUCCUCCAAGUGACAUUACUAGAUUACCUCGUAAUGUAAGUGACUUUAAAUAUUGGAAAGCCAGUGAGUUUAGGCAUUGGCUGCUUUUUUAUUCUUUACCUUGCAUUUCAGGAAAACUGCCAAAUCAAUAUGUGAAGCACUGGUCUCUGUUAGUGUUAGCAGUGUAUCUACUUCUGCAGGAAGAGAUAACUAGGCAAGAUUUAAAAAAUGCUAGGUUAUUGUUAAGAGCUUUUGUCAAAGAUGUUGGUAGAUUGUACAGGCAGAGAGAUAAUACAUAUAAUGUACAUCAACUUCUCCACCUUGAUUUAUAUGUGAAAUGGUGGGGGCCUCUGUGGUGCACUGCAGCAUUUUCUCUUGAAGGUUGUAAUGGUGAUGUGGUCAAUCUCACCCAUGGCACAAAAAAUCCUGGUAUAGAAUUGAUGAGAAAUAUUCGUUUAGUCCAUGGAGUAGAGAUUCUUAGAAGUAUGGUUCACACUCAACGCACUGUAGGUAAUGUUCCUAAAGAUUUUAUUCCAGUAAACAAUUGUACUAGUGUUCACUUUCAGGAAGAUGAACAUGUUUUUCUUGAUCAUGGUUUGACUAAUGUAACUGCCAAUAAUGUAUAUUCCUGUGUGAAAAGAGGCAGAGAUUUUUUUACUUCUGAAUCAUAUACAAGACAAAGAAAGCGAUGUAACUACAUAAUCAAAUUUAAAACUUCUGAAUCAUCCUGGGCUUAUGGAGCAAUAAGGUAUUUUAUUUCUCAAAGUGAUGGUAUUUUUGCAGUUGUGAAAAAGUUUAGAAUCGAUCAUUCAAGGAUGUUUUACAUUGAUAAUUUGAGACUAGCUGUGAAGCACAUUCUUCCUAUUGACGUAACAGAAGAUAUUGUUCUAGUGAAAGUAAAUGACAUCGUAACCAAGGUUAUAAGAGUUCAUGACACAAUUUGUCUUAACCCCAAUCGGUAUGAGAAGUAUCUGUGAUAUUACAAUUUAAGAAACAUU